AUGAUCAAACUAAUGGUGAUUAAUCAAGAAAAGAUUCAUAACUUUCUCUUUGAUGUCGAAUCUCAUUUUAGAUCAUCAUUAAUGACAUCUGCGGAAGCAAUUCAUAGAAUUGAUUUGAAUUCAUCGCCAUUGGCUUCAACUAUCUGUUUAUCAUCUGUAAUAGUGGGAAUACGGUCAUCUCUUUCAAUUGAAGCAUAGCUUGUUGUAGCAUUGAAAGCAGCCGCCGAGAUAGAAAUGCUGUCCUCG